CCGCCCUAAGGGUGAGGACGCACGAUUGCGUUUCGAUUCGGCGGCGUCGGCUCGGCAUUAUGGAGCUGAGGGAAGCAAUACAAAGAAUAGGCGCAUCGACAUGUUGAGGAACGAAAGCCGCGCUAGAAAUCGUUGCGACCAUGACCAUGAAGCGAGGCGAAGACCACCUUCUACUAGAAGAAAUAGUAGAUCAUCGUCGCUCCAACAGGAGCAGGACAGACGAGACAGAAUACUGCGACACGAACCUACAACCACGUAUCAGAAAAGAAGAAGAUCAAGAACAAGACGAACAUUUGACGCAGAGGAUCAACGUGAACAACAAGCUACUUCGAGUACACUCAGAAGGACCGCAUCAAUUUUGAGGGGCACCAGACGUUUCCUUAUAUAUCGAAAAUCGCCGCGACAGUAGCGGGCGAACAAGCUCCACCAGAUCGCCAUCAGAGAUACCUCGCAGGAUGCCAACCUCGAAAUCUUCCAAAGAUCACGAGUACGUUGAUAUGCAGACGACCUAUCGUUCAGGAUCUGUUGCGAGAUCAAUUGCGAAAUAUGGUUAUGGAAGUGGGGAUUAGGCGGAGAAAAUCGCACAGAUUAUAAAACGCCGAGUCAAAAAGCAAAAUCACAAUACGGGCGGAAGCGAGAGCGUCCAGUCAUCGUCCUUUUCGGCUCGCGGGGACUAACAGAUAAUGUUACCGAUUCAGGACGAGGUUGUGCAACAAAUUUUCGCUCCACUCGCACUUCCUGAUAUGCCGACGGUUGUGCAGGAGUCCGUGAAGGUGCUGGAGCAAGAAACGGGAUGGAAGGCCGAUGAGGCAGAAGCUGUGACUGGUUGCAACCUGGCUGCGAAGAUCAUAGGCCACUAACUCGAAACAGGAGAGUUUCUUCAUGCGUCUGCUUCAAUGUCAUAGCUCGCGCACGUCGGCGAUUCCACAUUGACGCUAGUGCUGCGAUCAGAAGCGCAGGAGCGUGGCGCCCCUCCGAGGCUAAGGCAGUAUGCAACCUCGAAACUUUGGUCGCACUUUGGGCUCGCAGGUGACACUGAGCGCCAGCAUACGAAAGCAGAAAACCGCAAUGCUUACAAAGGGAAGGAGGCUGACGUAGGCAAACAGCUUCUGUCGGAAUUGAAGGCUCCGCUCGACAGCCAUCUGUUCACGUAUCCUCUAAUCCGAAUCACAUCCAAGCCUCAGAUUUGAACAAGUAAUUCAUGCUACACUCAACGGGGCGAGUCGCGAACUUGGCAUACCGCUGAAUCCUACCACUGAAGGGCAGCAACUACACGGUACCACCUCAGAGGAUGCGGCAGGGAAAACGAACGCGGCCGCGAGAAAUCGUGAUGGUGUAAAUGUGGUAGGUCCAUGUCCUCCAGCAUGUGACCGCACAUCUUCCGAGGACUCCAAGACGAACAAUGAUAAGCCUCCACAGGGCCAAUUGUCUAAUUUAUAAUUAUCCCUGUCGCGGUGCUGGGAGUGAGGCAGACCACCAGGAGCGCUAUAAUGUUAGAGAUUCAUAAUUAGAGUUGAGUGGUUAGUUGAAAGUUGGAUAGUAGAAAGCUAUCCAUGGAAAGCUAUUGUAAUUGUAUGAAGUUCCAGGAGUAACGGUAGCAAGUCUUAGCUAUCCUGGGAGUGAACUUACCAAGAACGCGCUCUCUACACUGCUGGAACUAGAUGCGUGGCUCCAGCAGUGUAGAGAACAUGAUGCGACGCGAGUACUAUAGUACCAACAUUUGUGUAAAGUCUUAAUUGAUGAUGAAGAACAUGAAAACAGAAGUGAUGUCACUACAACAGAUGAUGGAGAUGAAGCGAAAACGCUGUAGGUCGAAUUUCACCACUAAAAUUACCUGCUAUGUCAAUGUAGUAGAUCCGGACACAUCGAGUUCAGGUAGAUAUUACUUUUCUUGGAG